AAUAAAAUAUUUGUGCCAAAAAAAAAAAAUCUAAAAAUCGAUUUACGACUCUGCUAAAAAUCUGCAAAAAAAAGUUCAAUACAACAAAAACAAAUCUGACCAAAAUAUCCCACAAUAGGUGAUCAACUACAUCUGCCAUCAGAACAGGACAGCUGACCCGCUUUAGAUUAGCAAACAACAACAAACACCGUGAAGAACCCCUAAGAAACAUCUCAAUGCAUUCAAUUUCACAAGACGCUGUUUCUUUUUUUUUUUUUCUAGCGUGAUGAGGGAGGGCUUUGGGUAUACGCACGGCAGACUGAGCGUCUCCCCCCGACAAAGCCUUUACUUGAAGGCCACGACGAGGGCAGGGGGGGCGCUAUUCUUUGUCCCAAUUAGCGCUGGAUUAACAGGGUAGCGAUGUCAAGGCGUACAUAGUGGCCUCAUUGACGGCGUCCAUUUGCAUGAAGACCAGGACAAAGAGCAGAAAGGCCUGAUGUGUAAGGACAGCUGUGCUAUGAAAGAAAUAUUUCUCCGCGAUCCACAUCUGUGCCGCCGGCUAUGUGACUGAUUAUUUUUGGGGCCGUUGUGAGUCGGCGUGCCCCCGGGAGGCAGGGGGACCAACAAGGGCCUCUGUUUCUUGAGUGUCCAACCCCUCCCCUCAACCCCUUCCCUUGUCCACUUCUCCUUCCCACUCUUGUUUUGCUCUCCUCUGCGGAACCUUAAGACAGCAACUUGGAGUGAUCAUCUCGCUCAUAAACGUGUCAAUUGAGUCUCCAUCAGCGAGGGGAGGGGGGGUCUUGAUGGUUUCCAUGGAGCAACGGUCCGACGAGCGGGUCCCCGACCGGGCGAGGCAUGCCAUUCUUCCCCACUUAGUCUGACUCGAGGCUAUUGUGGAGCGCAACAAGUGACUCUCUGAGGAGGAAGAAAGGGGAGGGUUCAGGGUUCAAACCCCAGCCUCCCGUCGGGACUCCCUCUCUCUGUUGUCCAAUUUGUACAGCCACAAAAAGAGCCGCCGUCUCGUCCAUGAGAACAUCUUGUGGGAGGGAAGGUUAAGGAGAAGCACGACCCGUUUGUCCCCACCCUGACGUCUUUUUCCUUCAGGCUUUCUCGGAGAAGAUCAGAUACCAAAGAUGGAGUACGCCAGCACGGAGCUGCCGUCCAAUCAGACGUUACCAAACUGCACGGUGGACUCGGCAACGGAGAACGUCCUCUUCGGGAGCUUCUACAUCCUGAUCUUCUUCCUGGCGCUCAACGGCAACAGCCUGGCGCUGUGGAUCUUCUCCCACCAACGCGGCACGUCGUCCCCGGCCAAUAUCUUCCUGACCCACCUGGCUGUGGCCGACCUGUCUUACGUGGUCAUCCUCCCCCUGAGGGCCACCUACCACCUCACGGGGGGUCACUGGCCCUUCGGCGAGGUGCCCUGCCGCUUGGCCGGCUUCCUUUUUUACGUCAACAUGUACGCUAGCUUGUACUUCCUGGCGUGCGUGGCGGGCGACCGCUACCUGGCGGUGGUCCACGCCGUCCGCUCGCUCAAGGUGCGGCGUACCCGCUAUGCCCACGUCGUCAGUUUCAGUUUGUGGGCGUUGGUCACCAUCGCCAUGGCGCCCCUGCUGGUGACCCACCAGACGCUGGAGGUGGACGGCACGACCGUUUGCUUGCAGCUCUACCGAGAGAAAGCGUCCCGCAAGGCGCUGGUUUCCCUUGCCGUGGCUUUCACGCCGCCCUUCCUCGUUACGUUGUCCUGCUACCUGCUCAUCAUCCGCAGCCUGCACCGAGGGUCUCGGUUGGAGCCCAGCCUAAAACUGAGGGCGCUGCGCACUAUCGGUUUGGUCAUGCUCAUUUACGUGGUGUGCUUUCUCCCCUACCACGCCAGCCGCGCCACCUUCAUCCUGGGCUACGGCUACCCGGAUGCGUCGUGCCGGACACGCCGAGGCCUGAGCCUGGCCAACCGGCUCACCUCGCUCCUGACGUGCCUCAACGGCGCCAUGGAUCCACUCAUCUAUUUGUUCGGAGCGGAAAAGUUCCGGGGCACCUUGAUACGACUGCUGUGCAAAGGCAAGGCGGCGGGGGCAUCCGGGGCGACCAGCGCCGAGUUGAAGGGGACCCACGAGAGCUCUGUGAGUGCCAAGUCGGAAUUUUGAACUGGAUCUGCCAAAUGAGUCCCAAACAUUGUUUCUGUGACUUCCAUGCAGCAACCAACCCAAAAGAACUUCUGUUCAAAAAGUUGUUUGCCAGUUAUCGGAGAAAGAGAUAGAAAGGCGGAGCAAGAGAGGGCUGGCGAGGCCACCGAUUUUGCAAAAUUAGCUUGGAUUCCUCGGGGUUAGGCCAGAUAAUUGAGUUUGGGCUAUUUUCCGAUUUUUUUUUUUUCCAGAAAUUAUUUUCCACAUUUCACACUGUUCUCUGGAACGAAAUAUAUUGAAUCAGCUUUGUCUGAAAAUUAAACAAAAAAAAAAGUUUCUGAAAAAACCUUGGUCACCCCGUGGACCCCCCCCAAGGGAAAAAAAAAGAUCCUAGCUCCGCCAGUGGUGUAUAAAUCAACAAAUCCUCAUAAAAUUUGGACUUCAAAUUCAGCUUUUUUUUUCUCCGGUACGGCCCUCACUUUUUUUUUCUCUAAAAUAUAGAAACAAGAGGGAAAAAAAAUACUGUAUUUGUAAAAUACUGGUACACUGUUGUAAGUAUGUUAACCAAAAUGCUACAGCAAAGCUAACACAAUGACAUUUUUAUACUUUUUGCUUCCAAAUCAUUGUAAAUAAUAAAUAUGGAGAAUUGUGAGCUUUUGCCAACAAUAAACAUUAUGACAUAAA